AUGCUGGGUGACUUCGAAGUCUAUAUCAGUCAUCCUCCUUCCAAGUCGGAAAAUGGGAUUUUGAUACUCACGGAUAUUAUCGGCCAUCAUUUGACAAACGCUCAACUCAUCGCGGAUCAGUUUGCCACAAAUGGCUACUUUGUUCUUAUGCCUGAUCUUUUUUACGGUGAUGCUGUGCCUUUGAACAAGCCGGGGGAAUUCGAUAUGGAGAAGUGGAGAACCGGGGGGUAUCACCCGGAAGGAAAGAAUCAUCUCCCCUCAACCGUUGAUCCAAUUGUGGAGUCCUGCCUAAGGGAAAUGAGGACCCAAUUUGACUGCAAAAGAAUUGGUGCUGUGGGAUAUUGCUUCGGUGGCAAGUAUGUUGUGCGGCACCUGCACCCGGGAAAAAUAGACGUGGGCUAUACAGCACAUCCAUCCCACAUUGAAGAAGCCGAGCUCAAGGCCAUCCAAGGCCCACUGGCUAUUGCUGCAGCAGAAACUGACGGAAUUUUCUCUGUUGAAAAACGCCAUGUAUCAGAAGGUAUCUUGAGGGAGUUGAGUCUUCCUUAUCAGAUCAACCUCUAUAGCGGUGUGGAGCAUGGCUUUGCGGUGCGUGGCGAUCCAGCAAUCCAAGCUGUAAGAUAUGCGAAGCGAAGUGCUUUUGUGCAAGGAGUUGAGUGGUUCAAUGAGCAUUUGAAUCAGGAGGACAUAGUCUAG